UGGGAUUGCUAAGUUGUUAUCCAAGUUGUCAAUAUCUACAUACAACCACCAUUACGCACGGACAUGGCAUCUCAAGCAGCAGCAGCGACCAUCCUCGACUCAGUCAUCCUAAAGAUCCUACACGCUCACAAUUUCUCGAGGUCAUCGUCACAGGCAUCUGUCGUUCUCGCCAGCCUCGUUUCUCGCUAUCUUGUUCUACUAUCUUCUGUCUGUGGCAACUACGCCGAACAUUCAGGACGCUCACGAAUAUCAGUAUGGGAUGUGUUGAGCUCGUUAGGAGACCUAGGUGUGAACCUGGAAGAAUUAGACGAGUAUUGUGUUUCUGAAGGGAAGGACCUGGGGAGGUAUGCGAGUAGCAGUGCCAGGAGACUCGACGAUCUCUUAGAAUUUAGAGGUUAUCUACAGGAGGGCCACGAAGACGACGAGAUCCCUCUUCUCGACCCGCAACCUUUGUUGGAUGACUUUGACGACUACGAUGACUUGUUCGACCGCUCAACUACCCCAGAUUUCUUUCCUCCCCUCCCAGAUGACACAUCGCGUCCGCGAAGCGUGUCGCCAGCGCCAACGCCUCACACCGUGAAGCUCGAAAAGCCACCCUCACUCAUCCCACAACACAUAACCUCCAACACCGUGUCUGACUACGUGACACAGGUCAACUACUCGGAAUCUGUCCUAGCUUGCACGCCAGAGUGGCACCUUCCCUCGCGCCCACCAGCUAGCGCCCUCUCCAAAAAACAGCCACCUCACCUUCCAACCCCUCAAACAGCACAAGCGCUCCUCCAAGCAUACCACCAUAUCCUCACGCAUCCCGUUCCCCCUCCCGCCCCACCAAACCCCUUGAAGCACAAAGUUGCGACGACGCUCCUGUCUCAAGUACAAAACAAUCCACGGUGGAACCCUCCAGAUACACUAUACGCCAACAUUGUACCCUGCCCACCUCGUGUCGCAGUCAUCGGCCCUUCCUACCCUGUCCCGCAGUCGACUCUGGAUGACAUACGCGCAGGAAAAGACGACAAAGAGUCCAAUAACAAACCUAUAUUUCCCUCUGCGCCACCUCGCCCUGUUUUCUCCGCAGACAAGCCCAUUUUUCUUGUGUCUCAGCAAUCUUCGCGUCUACCAGAACUCGCGCGUCAGAUCUUACCUCCCUCAGUGCUCGCACGCACUACGCGUCUCGCACAUCCACCUGUAUUACAGCGGGGCAACCAGAAACUCUACUAUGGCGCCGGUGUCAGCGCCCCUUGGAACUCAUCUGCAUCAGGGGCGCCUACCGGCGGGAAAGGUAAAGACGAGGGUACAACCAACGGACGCAGCAACGAACCUCCAACAUUCACAUUACCCGAUGCACAAAUGUUCGCUACGUGGGAUUUCGAGGCAAAGAGGCCGCAAGAGGCAUUGGUAGUGCGCAGAGGGAGAGGCGUGCCUGCAUCUGGAGUGACACUUUCCAUGGGAAGUCGCAAGGGGCAGUAGCUGUGAACCGACGGGUUUCAUGAUUCAUUAUUGUGUUAACGACGAAAGCCCAUGCUGGAUGGGCUGGUGAUAUAUUCAAGGUAUGCACUCAACCACGCCAUUGUGGUUGCUUGAUUCUGUGCAUUGAAAUCAAGCAGGUUGGUUCCUCCUUCACAAGGUUUUUGUAGCUGUUCUAGACUAAUAGGUGGGGCCGUCCCAAAUGAACCACCGUUUUAAGGAUUUUGUCAGAACGUUUCAUAAUUCUUCGGCAUGCCCUGUACUUUCAUUCAAAUUUGUAUGAACACUUGAACUAUGAGGUGUUUAGUAGGAUAUCUGUGUUCGCACGCAGAUGGCAAUAUGAAUAUCACAGCAAUUGGAUGUGAAC